CUUGUGUACAUAAAAGUACAUAAAAAAAACAUUAAAAAAUGUCAAAUAAUCAUCGACCGAAUAAUAACAUGUACCGAGGUUCGCCUGAUCCCCGAUUAUCAUAUCAACAACAACAACAACAACAGCAGAUGAGACAAAGUCAGAUUAGAUUAAACCAAUAUAGACAAUCAAAUAUUCCACCGCAACAGUAUAAUAUGGAUCAUCUCUCUCGUCCUCGUCCACCUGCUCAUAGACAUCAUCCAGAUAGACAAUCACAGGUGAGAACAGGUCGACCGAUGAGACCGCCUUAUCAUCACCCACAACAACCCAUGGUACCUAAUCAGCCACCAACCGCUACAGGUCCCUAUCGUCGUGUGAGCAUGAACCGUUCUCGUUCAUUGUCUCGUCCUGAGCGACAAAGACCAAGACCAGGCAUGAUUCGAUCCCCUUCUCAACAACAGAGAAUGAUGCAACAACAAAUGCAACAACAACGAAUGCGGCCACCAAGACCUUCCAAUUAUCCUAUGCCAAAUCGAUUACAACAUCAACUUCAACAACAGCAAAAAAUGUAUCAACAACAGCAACAACAAGAGAUGGCUCUUUUAGAAAACAAUAAAAAGGAAAGUAAUGACGCCAAUAUACCCGAAGAAAAGAUCAAGGUGCUGACAAGCUGGUGGGCUUGGUUGGCUUAUUUGAUGACUUGCUGUAUUCCUAAUUGGUUUCUUCGUGUAUGUCUAAGAAAAAAGAAUCCAAUGGUGCAACAGGCUUGGAGAGAAAAGCUUUCACUGUGUUAUAUUAUCUUGAUUCUAUGUGGUGCACUAGCCUUUAUCACUUACGGCUUGAACAGAGCGCUUUGCCCACCUUCGUCACAAACGUCAAACACUCCCUAUUCCCAAGUCGUCGACGGUCAACGCAUACCAGUGUACCAUGAGAACCCGCGCGUCUUUGGUCAGAUUUAUCCAAUGGAUGCGUUGAAAUCAUUUUUUGCUACUAAGGGUCUCAAUUUGACAAAUGAUUAUCAAAAUGUUGAACUCAGUGGUAUCUUUGAUGGCGAUACUGGAGGCUACUGUCGAGGCUUUCCCAACACUUUGCCUACCUGUCAGCUGAUCGAUCCAUAUGGUGGUGGCAUGCUUCCACUUAACAAUACCUGUUUAUCACUUGCUGAAUUACAGGCCUUUUAUCGUUCUCGUUAUGGUGUUCUUGGCUUCGAUUGGGAAGAUUUAAAUAAACAUUCCAUCACUGGCCAAUCACUAGCCUUACUGGGCGAUUCAGUCUUAAACCUCACCAGCUACUUACAAUCCACAACACUUCCCUUUGGAGAAGCUGUCGACCGUGCAAUCCGUUCAAACUUGGCAGCCGACCUGUCUUAUGCUCUCUUGAACACUCCCAACGGCCGAGCAGCCCGUCGAUGCCUGGAAGCACGUUAUCGAGUAGGUGUGAUGGAAACCGAGACAGCAGGUUGUAUUGCAGACAAGAUCAUCAUGAACUUGAUGUUGGUUGUCAUUAUUGCCAUGAUUGUUGUACGUUAUUCCAUGGCCCUCCUCUUUCAAUGGUUUAUCUCGAGUCGAUUAAUCAAACCCGGUGGUCGUUCCAACUGGCUGGCUUGGCGUUCGAUUAAGGGAGGUAACGACGAUCCUGCGAAUCAUAUCCCAGGACCCUACAACAAUUACGGACCAAUGCAACUUCAAAACUCGACCACAUCCCUUGGUUCUGGCUCUUCAUCUCGUGCUACACCUGCGCUGAGUGAGCAAAGUUCGGCAGUGGGUCUAGGCGGUGCUCGCUCCGAUAUUGUGACCACAGAACUUUAUACGGUCAUGCUCGUUACCUGCUAUUCGGAGGGUGAAGAAGGGCUUAGAACGACAAUGGAUAGUUUGGCAGAAACGACGUAUUCCAAGAAACACAAGAUUUUCUUUAUUAUCGCAGAUGGUAUGAUUACAGGUGCAGGCGAAACAAAGUCAACACCCGAUAUCGUGAUUAGCAUGAUGGACCUCGAUCCUACCAUGUCCAAUCCCAAGCCUUCAUCUUAUUUGGCUAUUGCGGAUGGUGAAAAGCAAUUGAAUAUGGCUAAAGUGUACGCUGGUCAUUAUAAAGGCGUGCCUUGUAUAACCAUUGUGAAAUGCGGUACUGAAGAAGAAGCCAAUGCACCCAAGGCCGGUAAUCGUGGUAAACGUGACUCUCAGCUUAUCCUCAUGAGCUUCUUCCAACGUGUCUUGUUCAACGAUCGUUUGUCGGAACUCGAUUAUGAAAUCUUUUGGAAAAUGACAUGGUUGCUGAAAGGCGUCACACCUGAUAAAUUUGAACUAGUGCUGAUGGUAACCACAGCCAAAAA